ACAACCAACCAUUUGACACACUAUGUCAAACUUUUAUCUUUUCUCUGCAAAUUAGCCCUAGCCUUAGUUUUCGGAGCUCUCACUAAACCUCCAUAGGAGUAGGUGUAAUUAACUUAGCUUAUUUCCAAAAAACCAUCAAAAACAUCAAACACCCUCAUUCGAACAUUGUUCGGAGAGGAGUGAACCGUGUUUAGAAUCGUUGUUCAAGAAGUCAAAGGUGCAUUUAUUGAGUUCAAACACAAGUUUUUCCUCGCCGGAAAACACCACCUCCGAAUCGGAGAUGUCCAAUUCGCUAAUUAAUCGUCAGCUCGAUUUGAUUGUCCUCAGUGAGAAAGUUCACAUGUACGCGAAGCUGACAGGAGAGUUAGACAAGACAGUGACGAGAAUGUUGUUUGAGAGCUACGGAGUGGAGAAGUACCACGAUGGUCACGUGGAGUCGACGACGUAUCUGCUUCGGCUGCUGAAGAACAGAGCUCCGGUGGGAGACGAGCCUCACCUGGGAUUCAUCACUCACACCGACUAUAGCUUCACCACGAUUCUUCAUCAGAACCAAGUCGACGGUUUGGAGAUCGAUACCAAGGACGGGGAGAAGAUGAACGCCCACUUCACUCCCACUUCAUUUGUUGUGGUUGCCGGUGAUGCCUUAAUGGCGUGGAGCAAUGACAUGAUAGUGUCUGCAACACAAAGAGUGAUUAUGAAUGGGAAAGUGGACAGAUACUCAAUGGGGCUGUUUGGUUUCAGCAAAGGGAUAAUACAAGUGCCUGCAGAGCUUGUUGACGAGGAGCAUCCUUUGCUUUACAAGCCGUUGGAUCACAUUGGGCUCCUCCAUUUCUUCCAUACGGAUCAAGGUUACAGGUCCAAAUGCCCGGUCAAGGCAUUUUGUGGCAUUGGAUAAGUGUGAGCGAAAGAGAGGAUUAGCUAGCACAUCGUGUGUUUAUGUUUCAACCCAUCAAAUUAAUGAGCAUCAACUCCUGGACGACUCGUACUCCAAAAAUAAAGAUCCUCGGUCGACCAUAUGAUGAGAAUAAGGAAUUUUCCUUCCUCAAUAUGGGAUCUAAUAGGGUUUGUGGAUUGUAAUACAUGUUACUGCACGAAAUUGGUUUUUGGAUUUUAAUCUUAAACAUUUACCAACGACUUAGUAAUAGCGAGUCUAUUGUCUCACAACCCGUAAUGAGUAUUCACACAAUUUAGUUAUUCACGCAUAUAUAUUGUAAUUUAUUCUCGUUAUUAUAAAAUUAUUUUAAAAUUUGUAAAAUAUUUCAGAACGGAUGUCAUUGUGUAUAUUAUGCAAUCAACCCAUUUUUAUUUCCAUAUAAUAUGGUCAAUGUAAAAUUAUUAGGGAAAAAUAAAAUAAAAUAGUUUGAGAUUACACUUACAAAAUUAAUCAUAAUUCUUAGCGUGAAUGAAUUGUGAUUUUUUUUUAACAAGAAACAUUUUUCCUAAGGGUUAUAGGUAUAAUAUGUCCCUAUACUAUGCAGUUUUAUCAAACAUGCCCAUCUACUAUCUUUUACAUCAAACAUGCCCCUAUACUUUGGAAAAUUAUCAAACAUGCCCUUAUGUAAAAAUUUCCAUUAAAAAAUGGUCAAUCACAUUUGAACCGAGAUUCACACGACCUGACAUCGGAAAAAUUGGGGUUGAAAUGUCAGUUUUUCUUCCUCGUUUAUUUCUCCAGGUCUAGUUAAAAUGAAAUUAUUAGAAGUAUUUGGCUAUACAAAAGAAACAGAAGAAUUCUAAAGUGAAAUUAUUAGGAAUAUUUUAUACAUAGGUGUCGCCCAAACCAAGCUUCGACCAUGAUUGAUGGUUUUUAGAUGCAAAUUUUAACAAAGGGCAUGUUUGAUCAUUUUUACAAAAUAUAAGGGCAUAUUUGAU